AACAAAACCAACAUCAGAAAUAACUACAACAUGCCUGUGCCACCCAAAGAAAAGCCCAAGAAAUGGAGAGCACCAAAAGGACCCAAGCCAGUGCAUCACAAGAACAAGAACACCAUUGGGUUAGGAAGAGCUAUUCAAAAUGUGCGUGCCAAAGAAAAUAAAAUCGAGUAUUUGCCUGAUGGCGAGAUGAGAUUUCAAACAGAUAAAAAGGAAGAUGAUUGGGUCAAGCUACGUUCAAUUACUCAUGAAAAUUCUUUGGACGAGUUUUUGAAUACUGCAGAAUUGGCCAACACUGAUUUUACCACUGAAAGAUCAAACAAUAUCAAGAUUAUCCAGGUGGGGGCCAAUUUGAAUCCUGGAUCUCAGGACUACUUUGAAUCCACCUCCAACCCAUACUUGUUAACCAAGGAGCAAGAAGAACAGAUUGAAUUGCUUCAAAUUCAAAAUAAAUCCAGGCUCACAGUUCCAAGGAGGCCCAAAUGGUCCUCAGAUAUUUCCAAAUAUCAGUUGAACACCCUAGAAAGUAAUCUGUUUUUGGAAUGGCGAAGGUCUUUGGCUAUAUUACAAAAUGAUAAUGAUAAUCAACUAUUAUUGACUCCUUUUGAAAAAAAUAUUGAAGUUUGGAGGCAAUUAUGGAGAGUGAUGGAAAGAUCUGAUUUAAUUGUGCAAAUUGUGGACGCCAGAAAUCCUUUAUUUUUCAGAUCAGUCGAUUUAGAAAAAUAUACAAAAGAACUAGAUCCAAGGAAAAAGAAUUUGCUACUCGUUAAUAAAGCUGACUUGCUAACUCAAAAUCAAAGAAUUGAAUGGGCUAGAUAUUUCACUGAGAAUAAUAUUCAUUUUACUUUUUUUUCGGCUUUGAAUGCCAAUCAGUUGCUUGAAAAACAACAGGAUCUACUGAAUUCAAAUGAUCAAUCACCACCACUCCAAGAUGAAACUCACGUCAAAAACCAUUUGCAGAACACAACUAAUACAACAGGACCGAUACAAUCAUCGCUCAAAUACAACAUUGAAAUAUUGACUGUGGAUGCUUUGGAAGAAUUGUUUUUGAAGGAAGCUCCUAAACCAUUAUCACCUCCUCCGGGCAAUAACGAAACUCCCAAAACUGUUAUUGGUCUUGUUGGAUAUCCAAAUGUCGGAAAAUCAUCAACAAUCAAUGCAUUAGUUGGCUCAAAGAAAGUCUCGGUUUCAGCUACACCAGGCAAAACAAAACAUUUUCAAACAAUUCAUUUGUCCUCAAAAGUUUUGUUAUGUGAUUGUCCUGGUUUGGUGUUUCCCAACUUUGCCUAUACAAAAGGCGAAUUGGUAGUUAAUGGUGUGUUACCAGUUGAUCAGUUGAAUGAGUACACUGCACCUGUUCAAAUUGUUUGCAAUCGUAUCCCCAAAUAUUUUCUUGAAUUGAUUUAUGGUAUUGCAAUUCCCAUAAAAUCAACCGCUGAGGGUGGGUCUGGUGUGCCCACUUCACAUGAGUUUCUAACUGCUUAUGCAAGAGCAAGAGGUUACAUGACUCAAGGUUUUGGCUCUGCUGACCAGAGUAGAGCUGCAAGAUAUAUUUUAAAAGACUAUGUUAAUGGUAAAUUGCUAUAUGUAUUGCCCCCACCAAAUGAAAAUGGAACCAUUAAAAACGAUCAGGUAAACAAUGAAUUUAACAAAGAACUUUAUACUAAUUUAAAUUUGUUAACUGAAAGUAGAAAAGAACAAAUUUUAGCUGCGAUAGAAAAAAAAGGAAUGAAAACUGAGGAUUUUGAUAUGUCUAAAGAUUUAUCAAAGUUAACAUUUUCCAACUUUGUUGGAGAUGGAGAUUCAUCCAAAACAAUGAGUAACUACGGUGGUAAACAAGCAGCCAUUUUUUCUGCCAGUGACGAAAUCGAUAAUGAAUUUUUUAAGAUGAAUAAUAUUAAAGGUAGGUAUUCAACUCCCUUCCAUAAAGUCAACAAUCAGAAUGCACAAGAAAAUAAUAAAAAACAUCAUAAGAAAAACAAAAAAAAGAAUAAGAAUGCUGCUAGAGCAGAAGAUUUUUAUUAGUUUCUAAACUUUUUAACAAAAACUGGGAUUAUUCAUUUUAUUCAGCAUGUAGUUAACCUUUUGCAUUUAUUUGUUUAUAUAAAUAUUGUUUUUUUUUUGUAUUAUCUAAGCUUGCUCUUUAAAAAUUUUAAUAUCAUUGUAGAUUAACUAAUUCAAUGUAUUAGGAAAAUGAUGGAAAUGAAAAACAAAGAAAUAGUUGGAUUAAGAAAUAAAAA